AAUACCAAAGGGAGUUAUUCAUGUUCAAGCAAGUUUCAACAAUACCAUUGUGACCGUUACAGAUGUACGGGGUCGGGUGAUUUCUUGGUCCUCCGCGGGUACUUGUGGGUUCAGGGGUACAAGAAGAGGAACACCUUUUGCUGCUCAAACCGCAGCAGGUAAUGCUAUUCGAGCAGUAGUGGAUCAAGGUAUGCAACGAGCUGAA